AACUGCUUUGAGGUAUUUUGGGUAUAAAUAUAUUUCAUGUACCGGUGGUGUUUUACCCUGGAUAACAUUGACUUGAUGAUGAUGUAUCUACAACUUAGAGACGCGUAGUCCAUUAUAGGAGCAGAGGAAUCACUAGGCAGCACCAGAUCGUCCGUGACGCAAGUUCGGGGACAUAACACGUAGCGUGGCGUAGCGCUGGACAUUACGUGCACCGCUGUAUAUAACCGGCGAGGUACUCUGACCACGUCUAGUCCGACCACAGCAUCCCGUCAUGACUCUGUAUAAGGUAUGGGUGGUAGGCCUGGCAGCAGUGUUGGCAACCUCCACCUCCUCCACGUUCGCCUGGCCUCAAGAUGACGAGGAUCACCACAGCCAUGGCGAACACUCUCACCACGUCGACUACUACGCUGAGCCGCACUACGCGUUCGAGUACGAGGUUCAUGACCCUCAUACUCAUGACGUCAAGAGCGCUCAUGAGACUCGCAAGGGAGACACGGUCAAGGGAUACUACAAGCUGGUGGAGCCGGACGGAUCCAUCAGGGAGGUGCACUACACAGCUGACAAACACAACGGCUUCAAUGCUGAGGUUACCAAGACAGGACACAACCACCAUCCCCACCAUCAUUGGUGGCAUUGGAGUGUGACGGGUGACGAUGGAACGCCACUCCACGAGCCGCGCCAGCGAUGUGUGACAGUGGCGCACCACCGCGCACCGGAACGACAAUCAAUUACCAUAGUGAACUACCAAGGUUCGUGGCCGAGUUCAGCGAUGGCGGAGUGCCCCACAGCGGUGAUACUAGCGGCUUUCCUGUUGUCCUCAGGAUUUCACAUCUUCACCAGGUCCUACGAGAAGGUCGAGGGCUGCGGAUGUGUUACCCUCUCCUCUAUACUCUUCCUGACUGCAGUGUUCGCUUGGGUCUCGGCGACCAAUAUCAACAUCUUCCGUUGCAGGUUACCGGAGAAAUACAAUUUCUUCUACGAGUUCAUCAUCUCGAUGUUCAUCUUCGAGAUGGCGCUGCGGCUGUUCUGGGAGCCCCUGGAGUGCUUUCUGUCCACUACACUCCCGUCAGCCCUGGAGUCCUGGCUGAUGGGGGACGGAGAAUGUUGCUUCCUGGGGCUCUACUGCCCAGGAGAUUCGCUCUUGUUCGUUCUACUCGUCUACGCCACAGCGUUGUCAAGGUUGGCUCCAACGCUAUUUGCCCUGUUUCCUGUGUCGACGACCCUGUCCACCACCCCACAGGUAUUUCCGGGAGAUUCCUGGGAUUUAGUGGGUAAAGCGCAAGCUCAGGUCAGGUACCUACUCCCGAGAAACCUACCCUUUACACCACAUAAUAUGGGCAGCCCAGGCCGAGUCAGGGGCAGCGCAGGCCGAAAGUCCGUUUCCCAUCAUUUUCCAGAAGGCAGCCGAUAUAAAAGCACAGUUCUCCUUGGCUCCAUACACUUCAACAUGAUCUCCUUCCAGACCUGCCUGUCCCUUGCCCUGGCCCUGGUUGCCUCAGCCUCAGCCCAAUACUACGGCGGUCAUGGUGGUGGCUAUGGUGCCGUCUCCAGCUAUGGGGGUCAUGGGGGUCACGGGAGUUAUGGGGGUGGCUAUGGUGGACACGGAGGCUACGACCACGGACAUGUAGACUAUUAUGCCUAUCCCAAGUACGGGUUCGAGUACGACGUCCACGACCCUCACACUGGCGACUACAAGAGUCAACAUGAGACCAGGGAUGGUGACGUGGUCAAGGGAUUCUACAAGGUCGCCGAGCCCGACGGCACUCUGAGGGAAGUUCACUACACGUCAGACAAGCACAACGGGUUCAAUGCCGUAGUCAAGAAGACUGGCCACGCACACCACCCCUCACACUAUGGCCACCACUACUAGCGCUACUGAGACAGACACGCCGAUAUUACUGUAAUAUUUAUCUUGUAAAUAUAUUUUUGUACGUAUG